UAUAGUCACCCCAGUGAGGUAGUGACCCAAACCUCAUCUUCUCUCCUUUCCCGGGGAAGGGAGGAACCCAAGAUUCAGUAAAGCAGCAGCUCCUGACUCAUUUUGUACUCAAGCGCAGAGUCUCAUCAUUAUUUAUUUAUUUGCAGCAAUAAAUCUGAUGGAUGUGAUCACUUUCGGUGUGAUCGUGGGCAUCAUCGUCCUCUUCUUCGUCGUCGUGCUCUUCGCGACCAUCGAGGGUGUUUGCUCCCGCUCUUCUUAAAACCCUAAACCUAAUCGCCAUGCGCUCCUCGCACUGGCCGGCGCCGCUGUGUCACAGCCCUCUUCUCUUCUUCGCCACCGCCGCCGCAGCUGUUGUUCUCUUCUCUGGUUGUCUUUCCUCCGCCCACUCCUGCCCCUUCUCUUCCCAAGACUCGGAUUUGGGUCUCCAUGAGCACGACCACGAUCACGAUCACGAUCACCACCAUCACCAUGAUCAUCAUGAACAUCAUGAUGUUGAGAUUCGACAACUGAAGAGGCUGCCGGAAGAGAUGGCGGAGGAGGAGGAUCUGGAGCUCGAGGGGUUUGGCCACCAUCACCAUCACCAUCACCAUCACCAUCAUCACUCUCAUGACGAGGAGCUGGAUCUUGAGAUGACGUCAUUGGGGAUUUGGGUGCAGUCGAUCGGGUGCUCGUUGUUGGUGAGUUUGGCGUCGUUAGUAUGCCUGAUCUUAUUGCCGGUGUUUUUUUUCCAGGGGAAGCCAUCGAAGCUGUUGGUUGAUGCACUGGCUGUGUUUGGGGCUGGUGCAAUGCUUGGGGAUGCCUUUCUUCAUCAAUUGCCUCAUGCUUUUGGUGGUGAACACUCGCAUUCGCAUGAUCAUCACUCCAUUGAUCUGCAUGAUCAUGUUGAACAUGGGCAUUCACAUUCGCAUUCUCUAGAAGACCUCUCUGUUGGACUGUCUGUCCUGUCUGGAAUUGUGCUUUUUCUUCUGGUCGAGAAACUUGUAAGAUAUAUUGAAGAAUUUUCUGGUGAAAGAAAUGGCCUUCAUCACCACCACCAUAGGCAACAUCAAAAAGUGAAACAUGAUGACAAUGAUCAAGGUGAUAAUGCAAAUUCAGUGGAUAAUGAUAUGAAGGAAAACGGCAAAUUAGACACAACAGCAAAAAGGAAGCUUGUAGAUGGUCAAUGGGAUGAUAAAAUGAGUGAUAAGUGCAAUGAACAUGAAACCCAGCUUCGAAAGCGAACUACACCUGGUAAUACCACUAAUGCUGAAUGUUCGGAUGCUGAUAAUCAUUCUGCAACAGAAAAUCUAUCAAUAGAGGAGAAAGCUUCUUCCUCUUCAGCAUCUAACUUGGUGUUUGGUUAUUUGAAUCUCUUUUCUGAUGGUGUUCACAACUUCACUGAUGGAAUGGCCUUGGGAAGUGCUUUUCUGCUUUAUGGUUCUGUUGGAGGAUGGUCACGGACUUUGUUUCUACUUGCACAUGAACUUCCUCAAGAGAUUGGUGACUUUGGAAUCUUGGUGCGCUCAGGGUUCACAGUUUCAAAAGCUCUCUUCUUCAACUUCCUCUCGGCCUUAACGGCACUGGCUGGAACUGCAUUGGCUCUCAUUUUAGGAAAAGAUCCUGGACAGUCUUCUCUAAUUGAGGGUUUUACAGCCGGUGGUUUUAUAUACAUAGCAGUCGGCGGAGUCCUUCCAGAAAUGAAUGCGGGUGGCACGACAUUGAAAAGCACCUUAAUUCAGUUAACAGCGCUGGUUCUGGGAAUGGCUGUUGCCCUUUGUAUUUCUCUUGUUGAAUGAGCGUUUCACAUGUUGUCAUUUUGUGCAUGUCCAUUAUUGUAAUCCUCUUUAUUACAGAAUGUUAGUCAGUUAGGGCUUAACAUGCUCAUCAGGAAGUAUAAAAAUGAAACAAGUUAAACAAUCACUUGGGUUCAA